ACAAGGUCGUGAGUGAGGGCAGGUUUGGGCUUUGCGCCUCUUUCUUUCCCCUUCGCAGAGCUUCCUCCAGCACCAUGUUGGGGCAGAGCAUCCGGAGGUUCACAACCUCCGUGGUGCGGCGCAGCCACUACGAGGAGGGCCCCGGGAAGAAUUUGCCGUUUUCUGUGGAAAACAAAUGGCGGUUGCUGGCCAUGAUGACCUUGUACUUUGGAUCUGGUUUUGCAGCACCUUUCUUUAUAGUGAGACACCAACUGCUUAAGAAAUAAGGAUGUUUUAAUUCAUCCCCUUUCGCAGAUGGACAGAAUUUCUCAAGAGGUGAAGCUCUUCAGAAACAGAUCAAACUCUUAAAUUCAUGUGGCAUACUAGAUAUGUUUGUAAAUAAACAUGCAGGCCUAGUGCCUCUUCUCU